AUGACUCAACGAUCCGCCUUCAAUCUGGAAACUUGUGUGAGACCUAAUAUUCUUGCAUUGAGAUCCUAUCGAUGUGCCCGAGAUGAUUACAAAGGCAACAGUAAUAAUAUUCUUUUGGAUGCUAACGAAAAUUCCUUUGGACCAUCCUUACCAUUCGAAUGUACGGAUCCAUUAGCAAGCGCUAAAAGUCUUCCUAUCGAUGUUCUCGGUCUCCAUCGAUACCCGGACCCAUACCAACGGGAGCUGAAGCAAAAACUCUGCCAAUUGAGAAACAAGCACAUCCAUACUUCAAAGGAUAUUACUAUCGAGAAUCUCUUCACUGGUGUGGGGAGCGACGAGGCGAUAGAUACCCUCAUUCGUUGCUUUUGUUCUCCGGGCCGGGAAAAGAUAAUUAUAUGUCCUCCUACAUAUGGAAUGUAUAAAGUGUGUGCUCAAGUAAACGACGUGGGCUUAGUUACAGUUCCAUUACUUCCAGCCCCCGACUUUGGAAUUGACGUAGCAUCUAUCUUGGAAAGAAUUUCUUCCCCUGAAUCUACAUCGAUUAAAAUCAUUUUUAUAUGUUCCCCAGGAAAUCCUACAGGUAAUUUAAUAAAAAAGGACGAUAUUAAGCAAAUAUUGGAGCAACCGACAUGGAAUGGGAUAAUUGUCGUGGACGAGGCAUACAUUGAUUUCGCACCAGAGGUCACAUCUCUGGCAGAGUGGGUAGCGGAGUGGCCAAAUUUAGUUGUCAUACAGACACUUUCAAAGGCAUUUGGUCUUGCCGGGAUUCGGUUGGGUGUAGCAUUUGCAUCGCCUCCUGUUGCAGCUAUCUUGAAUAAAGUCAAGGCGCCUUACAAUAUUAGCAGUCCAACCAGCGCCUUCGCAAUUAUGAGCUUGCAUCCCGCUGGACUAGAAAUAAUGGAAAAUAACAGGAAAAAUAUUUUAUUACAGAGAGAGCGGCUCUUGAAGGAGUUACCCCUGCUACGAGGCAUAGGACGUUUUCGAGGAGGAAAAGAUAGCAACUUUUUACUUGUUGAGAUACUUGAUUCUAAGGGUACACCGUGCAAUAAUGCUGCUCAGCUAGUCUACAGAAACUUGGCGGAAAAUAAAGGUGUGGUCGUUCGAUACAGAGGUACGGAACAUGGCUGCCAGGGUUGCCUUCGCAUCACAGUUGGCACCGAAAUGGAGGUAACUACAUUUCUUCGAGAGAUGAAGCACUCACUUGAUAAAAUAUACCUCAACUCCCCAUGA